ACUUCCCCAGUAAGAAGCGGAAGAGAAGCCGCUGGAACCAGGAUACGAUGGAACAGAAGACAGUGAUUCCAGGGAUGCCCACAGUUAUUCCCCCCGGACUCACUCGGGAGCAAGAGCGAGCAUAUAUAGUGCAACUGCAGAUAGAAGACCUGACUCGUAAACUGCGCACAGGAGACCUGGGCAUCCCCCCUAACCCUGAGGACAGGUCCCCUUCCCCUGAGCCCAUCUACAAUAGUGAGGGGAAGCGGCUUAACACUCGUGAGUUCCGCACCCGCAAAAAACUUGAGGAAGAACGGCACAACCUCAUCACGGAGAUGGUUGCGCUCAACCCUGACUUCAAGCCGCCUGCAGAUUACAAACCUCCAGCGACACGUGUGAGCGAUAAAGUCAUGAUUCCGCAAGAUGAGUAUCCCGAGAUCAACUUCGUGGGGCUGCUGAUUGGGCCCAGAGGAAACACCUUGAAGAACAUCGAGAAGGAGUGCAAUGCCAAAAUUAUGAUCCGGGGCAAGGGGUCUGUGAAAGAAGGGAAAGUUGGGCGCAAAGACGGCCAGAUGUUACCAGGGGAAGACGAACCACUUCAUGCCCUGGUCACCGCCAACACUAUGGAGAAUGUGAAGAAAGCUGUAGAGCAGAUAAGAAACAUCCUGAAGCAGGGUAUUGAGACCCCUGAGGACCAGAAUGAUCUACGAAAGAUGCAGCUUCGAGAAUUGGCUCGUUUGAAUGGAACCCUCCGGGAAGAUGAUAACAGGAUCUUAAGACCCUGGCAGAGCUCAGAGACCCGCAGCAUCACCAAUACCACAGUGUGUACCAAAUGUGGAGGGGCUGGCCACAUCGCUUCCGAUUGCAAAUUCCAAAGGCCUGGUGACCCCCAGUCAGCUCAGGAUAAAGCCCGGAUGGAUAAAGAGUAUUUGUCCCUGAUGGCUGAGCUGGGUGAAGCACCUGUCCCAGCAUCUGUGGGUUCGAGCUCUGGGCCUGCUUCCACACCCCUGGCCAGCGCACCUCGGCCUGCUGCUCCUGCCAAUAACCCGCCUCCACCGUCUCUCAUGUCCACCACCCAGAGCCGUCCACCCUGGAUGAAUUCCGGUCCUUCAGAGAGUCGGCCCUACCACGGCAUGCAUGGAGGUGGUCCGGCAGGGCCCGGAGGUGGACCCCACAGCUUCCCACAUGCGUUACCUAGCCUGACAGGUGGGCACGGUGGACAUCCCAUGCAGCACAACCCCAAUGGGCCCCCACCCCCUUGGAUGCAACCUCCGCCGCCACCGAUGAACCAAGGGCCCCAUCCACCUGGGCACCAUGGCCCACCUCCAAUGGAUCAGUACCUGGGAAGUACGCCUGUGGGCUCUGGGGUCUACCGCCUGCAUCAAGGAAAAGGUAUGAUGCCGCCGCCGCCUAUGGGCAUGAUGCCGCCGCCGCCGCCGCCGCCCAGUGGGCAGCCCCCGCCCCCUCCCUCUGGCCCUCUUCCCCCAUGGCAGCAGCAGCAGCAGCAGCCUCCGCCGCCCCCUCCGCCCAGCAGCAGUAUGGCUUCCAGUACCCCCUUGCCAUGGCAGCAAAAUACGACGACUACCACCACGAGCGCUGGCACAGGGUCCAUCCCGCCAUGGCAACAGCAGCAGGCGGCUGCAGCAGCUUCUCCAGGAGCCCCUCAGAUGCAAGGCAACCCCACUAUGGUGCCCCUGCCCCCCGGGGUCCAGCCGCCUCUGCCGCCCGGGGCCCCUCCCCCUCCGCCGCCUCCACCGCCUGGUUCCGCCGGCAUGAUGUAUGCCCCGCCCCCUCCUCCUCCGCCUCCCAUGGACCCUUCUAACUUUGUCACCAUGAUGGGCAUGGGGGUGGCGGGCAUGCCGCCCUUCGGGAUGCCUCCAGCUCCCCCACCGCCUCCACCACAGAACUAGACUCGGUUUUUUUAAAGAAAAUAUAUAUUAUAUAUAGAGAGAAUUGGUCUCGUUUAAACACACGCCGAACCUCACCAUAUGGAGCCAGACAUUGGGACGCACGCAUGUGAUUGUGUGCACGCAUGUGUGUGUGUGCACGCACCGGGCUGGGCCGAGCGGCCGAGGACUCGCUUGGGAACGGGCAGGUGGUAGUAGGGGCGCCAGCUGGUGCUCUCCUGGCGCCCCGUAGCAUCGAGUGUCUUCUUUGUCUUUCUCUCCUCACCCAACUCCCUUUGCCUUUCCCAAACCGGGCCGCCAGGAUCCCUCCCCGCGGCGGCGAUGGCCCGAGCCAUGAGAGUGAGGACUUUCCGCGCCCAUUGGUGACCCUUCCAGGCAGACAGCCUCAGCAGCGCCCCUGGUGGACAGGAUGGUUCGGCAAAGCAGCCUGAGUUAUUUUUGUGGACGGAAUCGGAACACGCUGGCUCCAUAUCGUGAAAUUUUUAUUAAUUUUUCUUUUUCCUUUGUUAUUUCCUUAUCUCUUCCUUUCUUCAGACUCCGUCCAAGGAGAUGCUCUCCCCGGUCUUCUGCUGCAAUUAGAUUCCUUUUCCCUUUCUCCAGUCCUCUUCUUUCCAAGGAGAGGGGAACAAAUGGUUUGGCCAUUCUUGUCAGGCUAGUCAGGGGAGGGGUGUUCCUUAGAGGGUUCAGAAUUUGAAGGUGCCGUGGCCACUUCCGAGGAUCUUUAGUUUCCAGCCACGCGGUCUUGCCUUUGCUACCCUUCGUGAGUCCUAGGUUAACCUCCAGGCCCGGAUUCCACAUCCAGCCUGGCACCUGCUGGCAGCAGGGGGCAGCCCUAGACGCCCCGGCUUGUAUGUGGCCGGAGAGCCCCCUCGCUCCAGGCGCUGAGCGGCCUCAGCCCCCAUCUGUUCCCCUCCUUCCUGGAAGACUGCCUUCUCGAUUUUAUUUUAAUCCCAAACAUCUGAAUGUUUGCAGUGUCUGAGGGCUUGAGCCCCUUGUUUUUCAUUCUGCUCCUCCCUCCAUGGAGUGAUUAUGUUGACAAUAAUGUGUAAUGCGCGUUCUCUUCACUGGUUUAUCUGCAGAAAUUGCUCUGGGCUUUUUUUCCGUGUAUGAUUCAGCUGCGUUGAAAGGGGGUGUCCCAUUGAAUAAACGAGCAGUGUGGUUUUC